GCGACGAAGUGCAAAACUAUAAACAACAAUAAUAGCAAAACCUGCUUUAAACUUCAUAAAAAAUUAUAAUUUUAAAAUAUUGAAGUAACAAUCAAACAAAUAAAAUACAACAGUGUGAAUAUUUGAAGUUUAGUGGAGGCAAACGUCCUGAUAAACGAUUUGAAAUGUUGUCUGAGGAAGAUAAAAAACUAUGCGCUUUAGUGAAGCAGCAUCCGGAGUUGUACGAUAAAAAUCAUUUGUGUUAUGGCAAUGUACAAGCUACAAAAAAAGCCUGGCUAGAAAUAAGGCUAAAUAUGGGGAUAUUCGAUAUUGAUUUCAAGUUAUAUUGGGGAAAUCUACUCGCCACCUACGCACCCAGCGACUAUGACACAGACAGUGGACCGAAUGUUAAAAAAUCAUAUUAUUUACCAGAACCUAUGGAGUUUCUUAGGCCACAUCUAUAUAGAGAAACUGGUGUAGAUGAUACAGAAAAUGCGGAAGCUUUGUCAACUGAUGUGCUAAUCUAUCAAAAACCCCAAGAAGUGUUCAGUAGUAUGAGCGCUAGCAAUAAGCGAAAUCGAAGUUGCGUAUUCCAAACUACGCAUGAAAUCACAGAAGAUGGUGAAGCAAUUCGGUACAGAGUGAAUAAGGAAGUUAUAAUGCGUGUAGGCACACGCGGUGCAGAUGCAAGAGAAUCGAGUGCAAUCGCUAAACGCAACCCAUAUCAAUAAUGAAUGAGAUAUAUCACUAUGAAUCAAAAGUUUUAUAAUUAGUCUUCACGCAUCCUAGGAAACGCAGUAAUAUCAUAUAAUGGA